AUGGCGUGCCAGGCACUGCGUGCCGCGUUGCUGGCCUUCCUUGUGGCCAUCACAGUGCCCGGCGCCCCAUCUGAGGCCAGUGGAUCAGAAACUGAACCAGACUUCAUUGUUACCAUUCGCUCGAAUGGCGUGCAGGAAAAUACUCAGCAAGUGUUUUCGCUCCGACCUUCCGCAACUCUCCGCGUGGUUGACGAGAGCGCCAAAGCCUUCUUUCUGCCGCAGUCGGCAACUGCCGACCAAGAUUCGGCGCCAGGCUACAAUUUUGCUUAUGUAUUUGAGAAUGGUCGCUGCAACUUUGAAAGAACUGUCGCAUACAAGGAUGCUUUCCCGGGACACUCCCAGCCCUUGUGGGUUCGAUCCGCAUCUCACGAGAACGCCGGUGGAAUCGUGCCUGAGGACGGUAUUCCGGUCUACACAUUUACGAACCCUCCUGCGGAGCAUUUGAAUGGUGGAGUCAGUUUCUGUGUGAGGUUCACGACAGACUCCGCAGCGACAUCCACAACGACCAAGUCACCGACAGGAGCAGUGGAAUCCACGACAAGGCCCUCAGACUUCACUGAAGGCUCGUCAAGUGGCCCCACUGUCAGCAGCGGCUCAACAUCUCAAUCCAGUGGCGAUGAAGGCACAUUGCCUGGCGCCGGUGCAGAAGGAGGCACCAGUGGUGACUCCUCUGAAAAUACAGACGAUGAGGCACGUCCCCAGGUACCACAGCCGCCCGCCAGUGUUCCUCCGUCACAGCCGCCGAAUACCAACGAAGAAGAAGAAGACAAAGAUGCUGGCAGUGGAAAAGCACAUGAAGAUGGACCCGGUGUAGAAGGACCUAACAAAGGUGACGCCGGAAACGGUUCAGCUGAUUCUGGACCAUCGGGGGUGGUGCCUGAUCAAGACGAGACACAGCCUCAAUUAGAGCCGUCAGGGACGGGCAACGAUCUUCCCGCGGCAGAUUCCUCGAGUGCCCUUCCUCAACAAUCUCAAGACCCACAACACAUCGCUAACAACAAAGAACCUGCCCUGUCAGACAGCACAGACCUUGCUGGAUCUGAAGCACCACACCAUUCUGCCGAAACUCCAGCGUCGACAACGUCGCAAGGCGCAGUCACAGGGAGUGCUGGAAAUGAUGGUGUUGCUGAGGGCAACGCAAGGUUGAGGCGGCUGUCGGACACAGAAACAUCAUCAGUAAAGUAUUUGACGAUCAUUGUGCACUCUGCUGCUGUGGGCUCAUCUGCUGGCACUCUGACGCUCUCAGCUGCUUUGCUGUCUAUAACGGCAACCGUCUGUUUGGCAUUUGAUUAUGGGAUUUAAUAAGCUGCAGUCGACUUGAAGAAUUACACAUUGGCACGCCCAACAGUUUAUGCGGCCACUAUCACAUUUCACUGAAGGGCGCCAGGCGUGCUUCGUAUAUCCACCACGUAAGAUGUGGCCUGAGUCCGUCAUCUAGUAUCCUUUGUCAGCGCUACUUCCCGAGGUGUCAACUUUCGCUGGCGGAUCCGAACAACUACAUUCGUUUUGGGCGCGCGUAAAAUAACUGAUUUGAUGUCAACUCAUAAUUGAGUGAUUGACUCUU